GAGAAAACCAACUCACUAGUCAUGAUCAGCAGCAGACAGAGUGCGAGAGAGACGAGACAUGCAGAGAACUGACACAGGGAUAAACAAUAUUUAAUAGAAUCGUUAUUAAUAUUGCUGUUAUUGCCUCAUUUUUCAACAGCACGAUGUUUCCAGUGUUUCCAACAGCGCUGGUUCUGGUGUGUGCAUGUGCUUCCUCAGCUGGGAUAAACAACGGUACGAACAACGGUACGAGCAACGGUACGAGCAACGGUACGAACAAAGGUACGAACAAAGUAACACAGGAAACGACUGAUUAUUAUGAACCACCUGAUAAUAUAAUCUCAGCAUAUGAAUAUGGAUUUGAAGAGUUUUCUAUGGUUCAGGAAAUGAGCAUCAACGGGCCAGCGGUGCUGAAUGAAACCAACAUCAACGGAACAUGGGUGGUGAAUGUAACCAGCAUCAAGAGGGUGAAAAUCUCAGAAGAAGCCCUGUUGUUUCUCACUGGCUCUGUGUCCACCAUCCUCAUCCCUUCCUUCUACACGCUGAUCUGCCUCUUCAGCUUGCCGAUCAACAUCUGUGCAGUGGUGGCCUUCACUCUGAGGAUCAAACCCAUGAAGACGGCGGCCAUCUACAUGUUGAAUCUGGCCUGUGCCGAUGUGCUCUUUGCUGUGCUGCUCCCCUUCAAGAUCUCCUACCACUUUGGCGGCAACAACUGGAUAUUCGGCUCGCUCAUGUGCCGUGUGGUCACUGCAGCCUUCUACUGGAACAUGUAUUGCUCUGUUCUGCUCAUAACUUGCAUCAGUGUGGACCGUCUCCUUGGUGUAGUCUAUCCUCUUAACUCUCUGUCUUGGAGGAGGCCAAAGAAAGCAAUCAUGGCCUGCGUCACCAUGUGGAUAUUAUCCUUCGCUGGCACUGUGCCUCUUGUCAUCGACGACCAAACUUUUCACCUCAGUCAGCUGAACAUCACCACCUGCCACGACGUCCAGCCUGUGCACGAGAUAAUGUUGUACUACAAGUUCUACUUCAUUGCCCUGUGCUGUGCCUUCUUCAUCCUGCCUUUGCUCAUCACAGUGGGGUCCUACACUCGUGUGAUCUGGGCACUGAGCAGAGUCCCACGUGGCGUUCUCGGAAGUUCAGGCAGGACAACAAGAGCAGUGGUGAUGACUGGAACAGUACUGGUGAUAUUUGUGCUGUGUUUCACACCCACACACUGUCUACUGAUGGCACGCUAUUUGCAAUUUAACGGGGGUGCUGAGGCGUUCAAAGAGACCAGCUCCUACGCAGCUUAUCUAGUUUGUAUGUGUUUAGGAAGUCUGAACUGUCUCCUGGAUCCCCUGGUCUACUACUUUGGCUCAUCCCAGUGCAGGAAACAACUUUCCAGCACACUGAGGUGUGAGAAGCUUUUGGAGGACAUUAGUGGACAUUCCAUUUCUGGCCUCAGUAGUCGCUUAACUAGGAUGAGAACAACCAGAUCCAGUGACCUGCAGGUUGACGUCCCCCCAGUCUGCAUACCAUAAAAACUCAAUUUUGGUGGCAAAAUGAAAACCAGGGUUUCUUCCAAACCACAUGCUUUCAAUCAGCUCAAAAAGAUAUACUAUUGUUGGGAUUUAAAAUGUUAGCUGGUGUGUGGGUCUGACUGAAACUCUAAACAAUAAAGCAGGAGGGGGGGCAUGAACAGUUUGGGCCAGAUAUAAGGCCUCCACAAAAUUAUUAAUAAUAACCUUUUCCUUCCUAGUGUUUAAUCUUGAAAUUAGCUAGAAAUGUGUGUGCAUCACAACGCUGGACAGUCUUAGUUUAAAGUUAUUUACCUUUAGAAUGCAGCUAAACACAUACCAUAUAACUAUACUGCAACUAGUGAUGUUAUCAUGUAUUCAAUUCAUAUAAUGUUAGAUAUAUAAUGUUAUGAUAGUUGAUUACACUCUUUAAAUGAUUUUGUUAUAAUCUACAUUUGUGUAAUACACCUUUUGCUUGACACACGUUUAUAUGUAUUAUAUUACAGAAUAAACAUCACCAUAUAUUAGUAGAGCUACAUGAUUUGGCAGAGAUUACAUUUAUUUUUUGAACACGCUUCUCUUAAACUUGAAAAUUCAUAAAGAACUUGUAAAAAAAAUAUCAGAAACCUGAACAUGGACCUCUCCCAUAGGGGUGGAGUCUGCUUGAAGUAAAGAUCUGAUAUAGCUUGAUUGAUGAGAAUGAAAAGAAAAAUAAUUUUUACAAUGUCAUUGAUGUGUACGGGAAAAAGAGGACCUACACAAUAUCUGCUUCAAUAAAAAAGUCAUAAGCAUGUACCUGUGUUUGUAUAUGUGCGCGCGAGCGCAAGAAUUGUCAUACUGUCUUUGCUUGUCUGCUUCCUCUCCCCUUUACACCUUUUGAAAAAAUCUUAUCCACACACACGUGCAUUCACACAUACAAACCUACAACAAUAACAUGACCUAACACUACCAUUUUAUCCCCUUUGCUUUUGUCCCUUGGUGACAUGAUGCUGACAUCUGUUUUCAAGAAUCAUAAUCUGCUGAUUGCCAUGGGUGUGUUAGCAAGGAUGCUAAGCCCCCCAUGGGUCCUUAGCACGAUCAGGAAUCAUUUC